CAUAGUAACUAGGAAACAUUAUUCGAAUUCGAACUGAGACUUGCUUCACUUCUUACGACAAAAAUCACCUCUUUUUUUUAAUGCAUAUUUUUAUUACAAGCUAUGGCUAUCAACGCGAAUAGAGCAGAGAUGGGCAACGAACUGACACGAGAGAAAAUCGUCGGCAAAAUCGAUUCCAUCACGAAAUUGGAUCAAUAUUACAAAGUUCAAUACGGCACUGGUGAAAAGGCCAGGCUGUACAUCCUUAACAGCCAUGUAUUCAGGUUCUAUAUGUCACCGACCGGGAACUUCAAGGAAUACCCCGAACCCAUUAAUCCUGAAGACAAGGCUAAAAUAAAUACAAAGUCUGUCGACGAAUACCCGAAGAAACCUUUCCUCGAUUCCUUUAUCGAUGAGAAUGAGUCCCACUUCGCUAUCCGUACAAACAAAAUAGCUAUAUUGUUUGAUAAGACACACGCGACCAUGAAAGUACACGAUGAGAGGACCAACAAAGAUGUCUUGUAUGAGUCACGCCCGCUAUCUUACGCACAUCACAAAGCGAAACAGACUUUACAUCAAAAUGAACACGAGUUUUUCUUCGGAGGGGGCAUGCAAAAUGGAAGAUUUUCCCAUAAGGGUGAAGUCAUCAAGAUUGCCAACACUAAUAACUGGGUCGACGGUGGGGUAACCUCUCCCUGCCCUUUUUAUUGGUCGACUAAUGGAUAUGGCGUGCUGAGGAACACGUGGCAACCUGGUGUAUACGACUUCGGAACGGAAUCUCCUCAUUUUAUAACAACGAUUCAUAAGAACACAGAUUUCGACGCAUUCUACUUCAUCAAUUCCCAGCCUAAAGAUAUUCUGAAAGAUUAUUAUGAACUGACAGGAAAACCAAUCUUCAUGCCCGAGUACGCUUUCUAUCAAGCCCAUUUGAACACAUUCAAUAGAGAUUAUUGGGUAGAAGUUGAUGCAAAUACUAAUUUAGCUAUUCUUUUCGAAGACGGUAAAUAUUACAAAAAGUACCAACCCAAAGAUGUUCAUGGUAAACCUAAUCCUAUUCUGGAAUCGCUGAAUGGCGAGAAGAACAACUAUAUGUUUUCCGCGCGGGCCAUGGUAGACCGGUACCAGUUACAUGAUAUGCCUUUAGGCUGGUUCGUUCCCAACGAUGGUUACGGCUCAGGAUAUGGGCAGACGGAUUCUUUAACCGGGGACAUUGAGAAUCUGAAGGAUUUCGCGGAAUACGCCAGAGAACAUGGUGUUCAUGUGGCUUUAUGGACGGAAUCCAAUCUAGAACCGAAAGACCCGGAACAUCCUGUAAAAGGAGAUAGGGAUUUACAUAAAGAAGUGACUGACGCUGGGGUUGUUGCUCUGAAAUGUGACGUGGCCUGGAUCGGCAGUGGCUACUCCUUUGCGACAAGCGCUGUAGAACACGCAGCGGAAAUAUUUGAGAACGCCACGAAGGUCCAUAGAAAAAUGAUUAUAAUGGUAGACGGUUGGGCCGGUACUCAAAGACAUGCUGGCAUUUGGACGGGAGAUCAGUCUGGAGGUGAAUGGGAAUAUAUCCGCUUCCAUAUCCCUACGUAUAUAGGUUCGGGUCUUUCUGGAAUUCCUGUAGUCGGAUCGGACAUGGACGGCAUUUAUAAAGGCGGAGUGAAGGAAAUUAAUGUCAGAGAUUUCCAAUGGAAAGCUUUUACUCCACUGCAGCUGAAUAUGGACGGGUGGGGCACGAAGCAGAAGACCCCUUUUAGUUUCAACGAUGAGGCCACAGAUAUUAAUAGGGCUUAUUUGAAGUUGAAGGCAAUGAUGAUGCCAUAUAAUUACACUAUAGGACAUGAAGCUACUGAGGAUCUCCCGAUGAUAAGGGCUAUGUUCCUUGAAUUUCCGGACGAGAAACUUUCGUACAGACUGGAUUCACAAUAUCAGUUUAUGUGGGGACCAUACAUUUUAGUGGCACCAGUAUACAAUGAGGAAACCCACAAGGGGGACGUUGUUCGCCAUGGAAUAUACUUGCCGGAUCCGAAACAAGUUUGGAUCGAUCUAUUUACUGGUAACAAGUAUUCAGGUGGAAAAACCGUGAACUAUAUAAAGUGCCCUCUAUGGAAAAUUCCAGUUUUUGUUAAAGAUGGUGCUAUUAUACCUAUGACGAAUGCCAACAAUCAUCCGAAAGAGAUCAAACGCGACAUUAGGAUCUUUAACAUAUAUCCAAAUAAGCAUUCAAGUUUUAAAGUUUUUGAAGAUGACGGCGAAAGUACUGCUUAUGAAAAGGGUAAUUUCGCUGAAACUGAAAUCGAUGUAAUCGGUCCAGAAUCUAACUAUCCAGGGAGUUUACACAUUAACAUUGAGAAGACCAAAGGUUCUUAUGAAGGAAUGGUUAAAAAGAGAACCACUUUACUAAGAGUUAUGGCUUCGAAAUCUGUUCGUCAAGUGAAAGCAGCUAUUAACGGAGUAACAUUGCAGUUAACCGAAGCUAAAACUAAAGGAGAUUUUGAUUCCAAUGAUAACGUUUACUUCUUCAACGAUAAGUACAUCAUUAAUCCGUACUUAGGAGAAUUCGGUGGUGAGAAACUGCAUCAGGAAUUCUUGAUGAUUAAAAUUGAGAAAUUGGAUGUAACUGAAAGCCACAUUCAGAUCAAAGUUGGGGACUAUCAUAAUAAGGGUGAAAUAUUGUUUGAUGUGAGUACUUUUAAACAGGAAUUAGAUAAGCCGGCGAAUUUCGCUGUAAAAGACGAGGACGUGAAGUCCACAUCUUUGAGUCCAACUUGGGAAGCUGUACACGAUGCAGCGUAUUAUGAAAUCGAAAGAAACGGGGACAUAUUUACGAAUAUAAUUGGAACCAGAUUCGAAUUUGGCUAUCUUAAGUAUGAGUCGACACAUAGCUUCAGAAUUCGUUCAGUGAAUCGCCAUGGGCAUUCAGAAUGGAGCGAUUACAUCCAUGUGACUACUAAAGGGGAUCCUUAUAGGGACACUGUGAAUGGAGUCAAAGUGACUUGCAAUUUGCCAAGUCAACCUGGACAGGAGGUUGAAAACCUAACCGAUGCCGAUAGAGGCACCAUGUGGCACACUCAUUGGGGUGUCGAGGGACAAGCGAAGCCUGAAGAUGGAGUAUUCAUAGAACUUUCUUUUGAUUUAGGGUCAGUUCAUGCCGUAAAAAAGGUUGAGUAUGAACCGCGUGACGAUGCCGGUAAUGGGACUUUAUUAAAAGUAAAAUAUACAACGUCUGCCGAUGGUGAAAAUUGGAAGGAAAUGUCUAAAGAUAUAGUAUUCGCACAUGACGCUAAUAACAAGGAAAUCUUGUUGAAUGGUUUAAAGUUCCGGUACAUGAGGGUGACUGCUUUAGAAACUGUUGAGAAAUUUGGCUCCGGAAUGCAUUUUAGAUUUCACAAAGACGUGUCUGUUUAAGGAUUCUUUGUGAUAUUUUAAAAGUUUUAUAGUUACAUCAGAGUUACAUUUAACAUAUUGUUUAGUGUUUUCAUUUAACAGUAUUACAUAAAUAUAUUCCUUAAUGCAUUUUGCAUUGGAUAGUUUAGUAAGUACCUAAAGAUUUAUUUAUAACAAAUUGAUAAUGUUAUAUUUAAUAAAUACUAAUAUAGGUAUUAAUAUAUAUCCAAAUAAUAGAAAGAUAUUUUUUAAACCACACAGAUUGAGUAUUAUAGGUACCCUAAUGUAUUCCUAAAGUUUGUAAUAGUUAAAUUUUUCAAAUAAUCUGUGUUUUUUAGUUUUAAAAUGUGAUAUUUUUAAGCCUUUGAGUUACAUAAUUUUUUAGUUACAUUCAAAUAAAGUUAUUGAAAUGUAUCGAAA